UCUCCAGGCGCAAUAACCUUUGAAAGUUUUAAUCGCUCGUGCGCGUUUUCUGCUAAUUGUAGCAGCCUGUGCUUGCUGUAGCGCAUGAUUUAGUGAACGGCGUACGUCGACGAUAGAAUGAAGAUCUUGUGGAGCUAUGGGUUGCUGUGAUCGUGUAUGGUUAGCCCAUUAACUAUGGAAUCGGAGACCAAAGUUGAUUCCGAACAAAGUAGUGAGACUUUACCGAAUGAUGAUCCUUUGUUGCUCAUGUCGUAUGUGCACAAGCUCGUUCGUGUUGAAACUACGGAAGGGAAUGUUCUGGCUGGUUACGUUAAGACAGUCGACCCAAUCUCCGAAAGCAUUGUCCUGGUCCUGUUUGAGGACGAAAAACCGAAAGUGCUGCACGUCGUCAUGGGACAUGCCGUCAAGUCUGUGACCGUCGUCACGGACGCGAGCCCCGCCGAGAAGGAGCAGCUCGAGAAGCUGUUUAUGCCGACUCAGCAAACACUCAGCGCGGAAGAGCUGCGACAGAGGAAAGAGAAGGUCCGCUCGUGGAUGUGCGUCAACCGUAUUCCGGUGACCGAGUCCUCCCAGGAACCCGGCACCCUGGUGAUAGCGGGAUCGGUGCGGCUGCUGCCACCCUACGGACCAGACGACUUCCAGUGCACCAACUCGCUCGUGCUGGGCAAGAUCCGCGGAAUCGUGUCGUUGAUGCCCGCCGACGUUGAGUCGUGGACGAGCCCUUACGAACCGAUGAAGUAGCGGCGCAUGCCGCUGUGAUGACGAUGGUGUGAAUGGUCAUGUGAAUUGUCGGGGACUCUGAUGCCUUGAUGCAGUUGCCAAGUCGUUGACAAAUCCUUGAAGUCGGCUACACAAGAGCAUGGCACGUUACGUGCUACUUGGAAUCAGCGUGAAGUGCAGUGUCACUAGUCUGUUGUGGAUGCUUUGCUUUUCUGUAAGUGGGUUGUUACAAAUACUCUUGUUGAAACUAAUGAUUGAAACCAUCGUCAUUCUCCAGAGCAGAAUGACGAUGGUUUAAAUGUCUUACAAAAAAACAGAAAUUAAUGCAAACUGUCCUUAUUGAUUUGUGUGCUGCAUUUUUGCAGUUUAGCACAUUUAUGCUUUAUGGAUUGCUUUCAAACGACAUCAGUUUUUGCAACAAAAUCUGAACAUAUUUCUGCAGUUGCAGUGGAGACGCAUUUCUUUUCAACUGAACUUGCUCAAGCUUCAAGAUUACGGAGGAAAGAUAAAUUUGCUGAGCACGGACCUGCGGACAUUUGAUGACAUGUCUGAUAAUAGCGUGACGUGUGUCUUCAUUAGUCUCCGUUAAAAAAUGCAUCCUUUUCUUCACAUACCUGUUCUUACACUGCACCACUUUCCAGUAAUCCUGCCACAAAAGCGCAUGCUCUGCACUUAGAUUCUUGCAGUAACAUAGCUGAACAUUGAUAUAACAAAGCUAUUCAAAAUUGUACUGCUUCCAGAACAUUGCAACAGAUACUACAGUGAGGCUGUUUUCAUAGCCAGAUCUUACAUGUUACCCUGUUUUGACGACGUUCGUAUUAAAACCGACAAACAUAAGGCACACGACAGCCACAUGCUGGA